UGUCAGAGAGAGCAGCUGUCAUGGCGGAGGUGAGCGAGGCGUUGCUCUCGGUAUUGCCUUCCAUCAGAGUACCCAAGGCCGGCGACCGUGUCCAUAAGGAUGAGUGUGCCUUCUCCUUCGACACCCCGGAGUCUGAUGGAGGCUUGUACAUUUGCAUGAACACAUUCCUAGGAUUUGGGAAACGGUACGUGGACAAGCAUUAUGAGAAAACAGGCCAGCGCGCCUAUCUCCACCUCAAGAAGACACGCAAAGCGAAAGAAGACGAUGCAAAUUCCAGUGCUGGAGAUCCCCCUCGGAAGAAACCAACCCGGCUAGCUAUUGGAGUUGAAGGUGGAUUUGACAUCCCUGAGGAGAAGUAUGAAUAUGAUGAACAUGUCAAAAUAGUCGUUUUACCUGAGUACUUGGAUAUUCCUCGGGACGGACUGGAGGGUUUGCCAGAUAUGGUCAAGGACCGGGUUUCCAGCGCCAUUGAGGCUAUUCUGACAGCAGACUCUGCCUCCCGGAAGCAGGAAGUGCAGGCUUGGGAUGGGGAGGUUCGGCGCGUGUCUCGGCAUGCUUUCUCACUCCAGCAGCUCCAGAGUGGUGUGCGUAUUCCUCCUUGCGGCUGGAAGUGCACCAAGUGCGACAUGCGCGAGAACCUGUGGCUCAACAUGACGGAUGGCACCAUCUUAUGCGGGCGACGCUACUUUGAUGGCAGCGGGGGCAACAACCAUGCAGUCGAACAUUACCGGGAGACUGGUUACCCCUUGGCCGUGAAGCUGGGAACUAUCACCCCAGAUGGAGCUGAUGUCUAUUCCUAUGACGAGGAUGACAUGGUGCUGGACCCCAAUCUGGCGGAGCAUUUGGCCCACUUUGGAAUUGAUAUGCUGAAAAUGCAGAAGACCGACAAGACAAUGACCGAACUAGAGAUUGAUAUGAACCAGCGGAUUGGUGAGUGGGAGCUGAUCCAGGAAUCCGGGGUGCAGCUCAAACCCCUCUACGGCCCAGGCUACACGGGCAUCCGGAACUUGGGAAACAGCUGCUACCUCAACUCCGUGGUGCAAGUCCUGUUCAGCAUACCCGACUUCCAGCGCAAGUAUGUAGACAAGAUAGAAAAAAUAUUCCGAAAUGCUCCCUCAGAUCCAACGCAGGAUUUCAGCACCCAAGUAGCCAAGCUAGGCCACGGGCUACUCUCCGGGGAAUAUUCCAAGCCAGCUCCCUCCGAUGGGGAACAGCAACCAGACCAGAAGGGAGUUCAGGAUGGCAUUGCACCACGCAUGUUUAAAUCUUUGGUGGGCAAAGGUCAUCCAGAAUUUUCCACCAAUCGGCAGCAAGACGCUCAGGAGUUCUUCCUGCACUUUAUCAACAUGGUGGAGCGGAACUGCCGUAGCUCCGAAAACCCAAACGAGGUCUUCCGCUUCUUGGUGGAGGAAAAGCUGAAGUGCUUGGCCACGGAGAAAGUGAAAUACACCCAGCGAGUCGACUACAUCAUGCAGCUGCCGGUGCCCAUGGAGGCAGCCCUGAAUAAAGAUGAGUUGCUGGAGUACGAAGAGAAGAAGCGACAAGCUGAAGCGGAGAAGCAGCCUCUGCCUGAGCUGGUCCGUGCCAAGGUGCCUUUCAGCUCCUGCCUCGAGGCCUAUGGGACCCCGGAACAAGUGGAUGAUUUUUGGAGCACAGCCUUGCAGGCCAAGUCUGUGGCCCUCAAGACAACCAGGUUUGCCUCCUUCCCAGACUAUCUAGUGAUCCAGAUUAAGAAAUUCACCUUUGGCCUAGACUGGGUCCCUAAAAAGCUUGAUGUCUCCAUCGAAAUGCCGGAGGAGCUGGAUAUCUCCGCGCUGCAAGGGACCGGACUUCAGCCUGAAGAGGAAGAGAUGCCUGACAUAGCGCCCCCGCUGGUGACACCCGAUGAACCCAAAGGUAGCCUGGGUUUCUAUGGCAACGAGGACGACGACUCCUUCUGCUCCCCUCACUUCUCCUCUCCGACAUCUCCGAUGCUGGAUGAGUCGGUGAUCACUCAGCUCGUGGAGAUGGGCUUCCCAAUGGACGCCUGCCGCAAGGCCGUGUACUACACCGGGAACAGCGGGGCUGAGGCAGCGAUGAACUGGGUCAUGUCGCACAUGGACGAUCCAGAUUUCGCAAAUCCUUUGGUGCUUCCUGGAUCCAGUGGGCCAGGCUCCACAGUCGCCUGUCCAGAUCCCCCGUCUGAAGAUAGCAUGGCAACCAUAGUUUCCAUGGGCUUCUCCCGGGAUCAGGCUAUGAAAGCCCUCAGAGCUACGAAUAACAGUCUUGAGCGGGCUGUGGACUGGAUCUUCAGCCACAUUGAUGACCUGGAUGCGGAAGCUGCUAUGGACAUCUCCGAGGGGCGGUCAGCUGCAGAGUCCAUUUCUGAAUCUGUCCCCGUGGGGCCAAAAGUGCGCGAUGGACCUGGGAAAUAUCAGCUCUUUGCCUUCAUCAGCCACAUGGGCACUUCGACUAUGUGCGGCCACUAUGUCUGUCAUAUCAAGAAGGAUGGCAGAUGGGUGAUCUACAACGACCAGAAAGUCUGCGCCUCAGAGAAGCCUCCCAAGGAUCUGGGCUACAUUUAUUUCUACCAGCGGAUUCCCAGCUAGGACCAUCCCCAGCUGGGUGUGGCGCAGGAGCUGGCUGCUGGCAAGAGCAGGGGGGAAGGGCAGUGAAGAAUAUGAAGAAGGAGGGCCAGCUGCCUGCCCUUGGGUGUGAUUCUGCAUGCUGCUGUUGCAACCCCAGGGGCAGGAUUCCUCCCUGCGGAAGCCCAACAUCUGGAGCCCCUUAUGGACAAUGAUGGGCGGGGCGGGGGGUGGGGAUGGAUUUGCAUCUGUGUGAAAGAAAGGAAGUGUGUCUCACUGAAGUAUUCACCUCGGGGGAUAUUUACACACUGCUGUGUUGCUUCUUGAUGUAACUCUGACACUUUGGGUUGGUCAGUUGGGGGAGGGGAGCACUUGUGUAUGUGUGGCUUUAUGUACCAUAUAGGUUGAGCUUUUCCCUCUCCCUGGGAGUUCUGCAGAGAAUAACCUGGGCCAUAAAGUUGCCUCUGUUCUUCAUGUGCUCCUGAUAUGCCAAAAUACAAAAGAUCGAAUAAAAAAAAAAAACCCU